AUGGGUACAUGUGAAAAUCAUAAUUGUGUCCGCUGGUUCUGCACCACAUACAAACAACAAACAGAUUAUCCGUCAAUCCUCUUGUGUUCUGACUUUACAGUUUUACAAGUUGAUAGAGAUUUGAACACUGUUGUGUUUGUUUCAGAUGAGAGCGGUGAUUCAUGUCAUGAUGGAGAAACGGCCUCUACAUCAAAACACACAGAACAGAAACUCUUCACCUGCACCAGAUGUGACAUCAGCUUUCCUACCUUACAAGAGAAGAAACUUCAUUCACAAGAGCACAGAGACAAGAAACACUUUCACUGUCAGCAGUGUGGGAAGAGUUUUAGUUCGUCUUCUAAUCUGAAGAGUCACAUGAGGAAACACACUGGAGAAAAACCUUUUCACUGCAGUGAAUGUGACAAAUAUUUCAGCACCAGAACAUAUCUUGUUAUGCAUAAGAGAAUGCACACAGGGAACAAAGUGUUCAGGUGUCCUAACUGUGAAAAGAGAUUUUAUACUCCAUCCAAUCUGAGGAAACAUGUGCGUGUCCACACAAAUGAGAGACCAUAUCAGUGCAUUGAAUGUGGAAAAACCUUCACACAGUCAAGUUCUUUACAGAGACACCAAAAAAUACACUUUAAUGAGAAACGCUAUCAGUGUUCAUACUGUGAUAAACGUUUUAAUCAGAAAUAUAAUUUGAUAUGUCAUGAGAGAACUCACACUGGAGAGAAACCUUACCUCUGCUCUCACUGUGGAAAGAGAUUUACUUUGUUAGGUUCUUUAAAAGAUCAUCACAGAGUUCACACUGGAGAGAAACCUCAUCACUGCAGUGUUUGUGGGAAGAGUUUCAGUCGACUUGACAAUUUAAAGACACAUCAGAGAACACACACAGGAGAAAGACCUUACAAAUGUUCUCAGUGUGACAAGACGUUUACUCAAAGAGUUCUCCUGAAAAUCCAUCAGAGAGUUCACACUGGAGAGAAACACACUCAACACCAGUGACAGAUUUGAAUGAGAGCAUCAGUGACUUGAAUUUAAUGUGUGCCGCAACCAGUGGAGAGACAUGAGGUAACGUGUCACUUUGACUGAAUAAUUCAUUACAGUUUAAUACUUUUCUGGGCUUCAUUUAAAUAUAUAUAUUUUUUUUUUUUUUGACUUGUCUGCUGUCUUAUGUUGACUGUUCAAACCAGUAUUUCGCCUUUUCUGAUUCUGUUUCUUAAAAAAAGUCUGAUUUCAUCAUUACCAAGUACCUUGUUUCAUCA